CUUUAAUAAGCCAGUUUAUAACUGAUGACCUGAUAAUAACUUCCUCAUCCGUUGUGGCCUUAACUAUAAUAUCCUGUAUCAUAGCGUACAUUUAUUGGUCACAAAAAGUCAAGGGAAGAGUCCGGUAUGCUAAAAAAUUGACAGACAGUUUGAGGCAUAUUUUUUGGACAUUGAUGACAAUCGUACUUUUUCUAAUCGAUCUUGCAAGUGACAUCAAUAUGACAUACAUUUACUGGCGUGAGAGCAGCACUGAGAAUUUUAUUCUAUCCUUGAUAUUCACGGGACUUCCAGUUUUAGCAAAUGUAGUAACGGUGAUAAUGGUCAUGAGGGAAAAUAAAUACUACGUCAACACGAUGAUUUUCCUCUUGUGUUUCUUCUUUUCACCGCUAAUUCAACUACUUGUGUUGAUAUCAGUUUUAGCUAUGGGUGCAAAAGACGAAAGGGCGGAGAAACUGGUUAGAUUGGCAUCUUUACUGGGUUUGAUUGAAACAACCUUUGAAUCUGCGCCACAAAUUAUUGUUCAGAUUCAUAUCAACAUAGGUAGUACAGAAGAUGAAGAAACAAGCAUUAAAUACAUCCGAUAUGUAGCACUGGCUGGAUCAGCUCUUGGACUUGCAAAAUCAAUGUACAACUUUAAACAUAACGUCGAGAAAGGAGAUACUGGUGACCUAACUUUACCAACAAAAGUUGUGUCUUUUCUAUCACGCAUUGCAGAAAUUGGACCAAGGGUUAUACUUUUAGCGUUGCUCGUUUCGGAAUUUAAAUCUCCAGAUGUUAUUCAUUUCUUUAAAUACUCUCCUGGCCUUGCCCAGUCUGCCGUGGAUGUCCUCCCUCAUGUCACUCACUGGUUUAAUGAUGCUACCCAGGUAAAUAAAGUUAUUCGUCUGGCGUAG